AAGGGACUUGGGUCUGAUUUGUUACAAACAAGAAACAGCGGGGGUCGGGGGGGUUUGCUGAGAAGGGAUCGUGUCUGGGCUGCGUGGUGCGCUGCAAAGGGCUCUGCGGUGGCAUUUUUUCUGAGACAGGACGCUAAGAAGUGAGCCAGGAAAGGACGUGGGGGAAGGUGAUUCAAGGCAGGAGCAGCCACUUGGCAGUUGGAGAAUGGCCAUGGGGGAGAGAGGAGUGUGGGGAGGUCAGGAUGAAGGCAGCGCCUGAUCACGUGUCCGGCGCGACUUCCCAGCUGUGUAAUCGGGACACACUGCCUGGCCUGUACUCAGUCUCCUCUUUUGAAAAGCACAGGUGAUAAAAAUUCCCAUUCCAAUGGUUUGUGAGGACUUAUGACAGCAAAUGAUGUCUUCGGUGGGUGACUCCUGCAGCAAGUCUUUGUUGGGCAUCCCGGUUGCGCCAGGCCCUUUGUCAGCAACGCCCGCGUGCAAAAGCGGGAAGCUCCUACCGGCCACACGUCCCCGCCACUUCCACCCCACCCCUGCCUCGCCGCACCGUCUUGUCGGAGCGCUUCACCCCUACGUCUCCUGCGGCGCUCGCUCGUUGCGGGCACCGAUCUCCGCCGCGUCCCUCCAGCAUUAACUGGGGCCGGGACUUCGCCACGAACCUGCGCCUUAACCGCACCGCGGCGGGCGGGGGCGGCUCCUGUCCGGACCUCGCCGCCCCUCUCUCGCCUGGGUAAGGGCCAUUUGGGACCUGACGCAGCCUUCGGCGAGAGUGACGAGUGUAUGUCAACACCCUCACCGGCAUGGAACACACUGACGCCCCGUCCGCAAGUCAGGCCACUUCUGCUCCCACCGCACGGCCCCCGCGGCCCGGAUCUCAGCCGGAAGCCGGCGGGCCCGAGCGGAAGGGGCGGGGCCGGAAGCCCCGUCCCGUGACGGCCACGUCGCCGGAGCCUGUGGCGGAAGCGUUGACGGAGCCCGGGGCCGGAGCCGCGCACGAUGGCGGACUGGGCUCGGGCCUCUCUCUUCCUGCAGCUCAGAGCUCUGGCGCUGUGGAGGAGAUUCUAGACCGGGAGAACAAGCGGAUAGCCGACAGCCUGGCCUCCAAAGUCACCAGGCUCAAAUCGCUGGCCCUGGACAUUGAUAGAGAUGCUGAGGACCAGAACCGGUACCUGGAUGGCAUGGACUCGGAUUUCAUGAGCGUGACAGGCCUGCUCACGGGCAGCGUGAAGCGCUUUUCCACAAUGACGCGGUCUGGGCGAGACAACCGAAAGCUGCUGUGCGGCAUGGCCUUGGGCCUGGUCGUGCUGUUCUUCAUCCUUUCGUACCUCCUGUCCAGGGCAAGGACGUGAGCCAGUGGGAGCUGGCUUCUGCGGGUGCCCGGGCUACCAAGGUCUUCCCUACCUGGUGUCCUGGGCUCCAGAGGACCUGCCUACAAAAUACUCCUUUGAAAUGA